UAUAUAUCUUAGGAAAAUAAAUGAGCACAUAGGCCCAGACUGCUCCUCACUACAAUACGCAGAUGACAUCGUACUGUACUUAAGAGAAAAAAAUAUAGAUGCAGGCUUGCAAAAAAUAGAAAGAGGGACCGCAAUACUAUCUACCUGGCUAAGCGAAAUAGGACUAAAUAUAAACCCUGCUAAAAGCAAGCUCAUCAUUUUCUCAAAACAAAAAACUAAAAUAGAUAAUAGAUUUAUAACUUUAAACGGAUGCAAAAUUUCUAACAACCAAAGCGCCAAUUUUCUAGGUGUCACCAUGGACCAAAGACUAAAUUGGAAAGCGUUUAUCAGGGAUACGAAAAAUAAGGCACAAAAAGCGGUAAAUAUAAUUAAAAUCCUGGCAAAAAAAUCAUGGGGAGCGCACCCUUCCACACUUUUAACAAUCUAUAAAGGAUUAAUCAGAGCUAGACUAGAAUGGGCUAUAUCGUGCUCUAGUUCAGCCUCGCCGAAUUAUUUCAAUUCUAUCAACACAGUACAAUUUGCUGCACUACGCAUCAUCUUAGGAUGCUUUCGAUCAACCCCGACGAACACCUUAUUAGAUCUAGCGAAGGAAAAGUCCAUGCGCUUCAGAGCCCAAUUGUUAACCGCAAGGUAUAUAGCGAGAGCACAAUCAUUUCAGGGGCACCCAAUAAUUCCAAAACUCAAACUUCUGGAAACUUAUGUGAAGCGAGGCAGAGUUCCUGCGGAGUGCCUCAGAUUCACAAUUUACAGGAUAUGGUCUAAACAUAAGCAACACCUUGAAAGUAUCAAGACAUACGAAAUUAGUCCGUGUUUUAGUAUUCCUAUAGUAGCCCAACUAUCCCCAAUCAAUAUAAAUACCAGUAUAGGUAAUAUAAUUACCACCCAAAACAGCAACAAGCAGCUGAAUAGUCUAUUCGAAGCGAAGCUCAUAGAAAAAUAUAAUAUAGACUUUAAAACUAACUGGACUCUGAUCUUCACAGACGGAUCCAAAACAAAAAAUGCAGACUACGUCGGCGCUGCUUUCUUCAUUCCAGAGACAGGGGCUCGGGCACUCUUCAGGUUGUCGAAAUUAGCAACAAUUUUCGAGGCAGAAGCGAGCGCUAUCGCAGAAGCCCUGAAAUUCAUGAAAAAUAGAUUAAACAAGAAAAAUAUCUUAAUUAUAACAGACUCCUUAAGCGUAAUCACAGCCCUAGAUUACACAGGGAUCAGUGCUAAAUCGCACCCACUAAUAGCAGAAAUAAAAUCCCUCACGUAUCGUAUCUCCCUAACAAACAGAAAUGUAGAAUUUCUGUGGUGCCCCUCUCACAAGGGAAUUGAAGGGAAUGAAGUAGUAGACGGCUUAGCCAAGGCGGCAAUAGAAAAAGGUUCAGUUAUAAACAUUAACUUAACUCCGCGAACAAUUGCCAAAGAACUGCAAAAAAAAAUACUGGACGAAGAACAAAUUAGUAUGAAGGUUACAUUUAGUAAUAAAGGAACUCUCUAUUACAAAUACAGUAAUCCCAACACGAAUACUCCUUGGUGGAAGGAUAUGUCAUUAGAACGUAAAUCCAUCACAUUAAUAAAUAGACUAAGAACAGGGCACAUAGGUGUAAAUAAUCACCUUUACAGGAUAGGCCUUGUUGACUACAAGGAGUGUCCAUGCGGACAUCCAGAACAAAGUAUAAACCAUGUCUUCUGGGAAUGCGAAUUGAACAGAGAGCACUCGGACACACUCCUGGGGGAAUUGAUCAAACUAAAUGUGCGACCUCCACUAGAAAUCCGGAGUCUUUCCUUCUCUCAGUCCGAGAAAGUGCUAAAAGCUAUUAAAAAGUUUGCAGAGAAAAUAAAAGAUAACACAUACUUGACCUACUGAACACCUCCUUUCUUUACUAAUUUGGGCUAUACGUUACAUAAUUCGAAUGUUAAUCAAUCAGAUUUAAAUAUAGAGAGAGAUUAGUUAACCUAAAAACUAUUUAUUAAAAAAAAAAAUAAUAAUAAUAAAAAACGAAACAAAAAAAAAAAAAAA